GGUAGCCCUUUGGCUCCUUUCUCCUCGGACGGAGGAAACAAAGAAACAAGCUUUGUAAUGUAAGCCCCGUCCGGCGGAGAGGGAGAGGUAGAAGCUAGGUGAGAGCGGCCUCAAUGUCGCUCCCGUUUGACCCCGUUGCUCAGGCCGUCGGCGCGGCGACAUGGCUGGUCGGCGUCGUGGCCGAGAGGCUCAUCGGCGACGGCGUCGGUGCGUGGGCCGCCCGCUACGGCCUUGAAGAGGAGGCCUCGCGCCUCAGGGCCGAGCUGCGGCGCGCCAACCUCGUCCUCGGCGCGGCGCGGGCGGGGGCGGCCGGCAAGAAGAUCGGGAACGAGCAGCUGGCGGAGCCGAUUGCGGCCGUGCGGCGCCUGGCUGCGGACGCGCGCAACCUCCUCGACGAGCUCGACUACCUGGAGAUACACGACAAGAUCAAAGAUAAGGACCACACCGCAUGUUCGUCGAAGACGCAAUCUUUUAUUCGAUUUGCAUAUGGUUUUGCUAAUCAGGCGAGUAGAUGCAUAUCGUCCACGGUGAAACUCAAUACAAAAGUUCCUGGCAUGCAUAAAGAGGACGGUCCUUCGACAAACAAAAGAAAAGUUGAGCGUCAUGAUAUCAUGACUGGAAUGAAAAGAAUGAAGCUUGUUGAUCCAGAUAACCAAAUGACUCCAGAGAAGAAGAUUCAAGGGGACACAAUUCCAGAAGAAAUACCAGAGAGGAAACUCAGUAAAGACGACAUAUCACAGCGAAUAGCAAAUAUUGUGGUCCAGCUACAUGACAUCUGUGAGGAUGUUCGUAAGGCUCUCAAGCAAGAGAAACUUGACGAAAUUUCCCGAGUGUCUCAAAACAAAAGUUCAGACUCGCGUGAAGAAGGGGCCUGCUUUGUUGAAACUAAAGUCUUUGCAAGGGAACACGAGAAGAACCAGAUCGAAAAAUGUAUCACUGAUGGCGCAGCAAGUAAAGAAAAGCUUUUGGUUCUUCCUAUUAUUGGUACUGGAGGUGUUGGAAAGACGACACUUGCUCGAACAGUGUAUAAUGACCCAGAUGUUGAAGCUAGCUUUGCUAUCAGGAUGUGGAUUUAUGUAUCUGUUAACUUCGAUGAAGUCAAGCUCACAGAACAGAUUCUGGACUGCAUUUCAGAUGGGAGGCAUAAAAAUUCAGCUAAGAAUUUCAGUACACUCCAAGAUGGUAUCAAGAAAUUUUUGACAAAAAGAUUCCUACUUGUUCUGGAUGAUAUGUGGGAAGAUGACGAGAGACGCUGGAACAAGCUAUUGGCUCCACUAAGAUGUACCGAAAUCACAGGAAAUGUGGUUUUGGUGACUACUCGAGAACUAUCAGUUGCCAAAAUGACGAGCACAUUGGAGCAGUACAUUAAGUUGGGUGGUUUAAAAGAAGAUGUGUUUUGGCUUUUCUUCAAAAGAUGUAUAUUUGGUGAUGAAAACUAUCAAGGCCGAAAAAAGCUCCAGAAUAUUGGAAAGGAGAUAGUCACUAGGUUAAGCGGAAACCCAUUGGCAGCAAAAAGUGUUGGCACACUGUUGAAAAGAAGGCUUGAAGAGAAGUACUGGCAGAGAAUUUCAGAUGGUGAUGAAUGGAAACUACAAGGAGGCAAUGGUGGCAUAUUGCCAGCACUCAUGUUAAGUUACAAUCACCUUCCCUACCACCUUCAGAGAUUGUUCUCUUACUGUGCUGUAUUUCCGAAGGGCUACAAAUUUCACAAGGAACAGUUGGUAUGUAUUUGGAUUGCUCUUGGGUUUGUUGUCGAGGAGAGAAAGAGACUAGAAGAUACUGGAAGCGACUAUUUUGACGAGUUGGUAGACAGGAGCUUCUUUGAAAAACUGGAGGAGCCACAUGAAUACUAUCUCAUGCAUGAUUUAAUUCAUCAUGUAGCACAGAGUGUCUUACUAGAUGAAUGUCUCACCAUGGACGGCUCAGGUCCACUAGCAGUCUCCCCAUCUCCUAGUCAUGUCAGCAUCUGGACCGAAUCAGAAUACAAGACGCAACAAAACGGUGAAACAGAACGUAAUGAAACCUUUGAAAAAAGGUUAACUGCCAUUCAAAAAUAUGAUAUCUUAAGAAGCUUGGACAGUGUAAUGCUAGUUGGUCCAUAUGAUGAGAAUGUUUCUGUAAUUUUUACGCAGAUUCUCAGGCAACUACAGUAUGUUCGAGUGCUUCGGGUAUCAGCAACACUCUCUAGUGCUGACAUUUGGCAACUCAGUAUUUCAAAGCUCAUCCAUCUUCGCUAUCUAGAGCUGUGGUUCACCAGCGACACUGCCAAACCUUUGUCUGAGGCUCUGUGUGGACUUUACCACCUGCAGGUACUCGACGUAAGUCACUGGGGUGGUCUGGAUGGUUUGCCAAGACGCAUGAGUAAUCUUGUAAAUCUGCGAUACCUUCUUGUUCCGGAGUCGUCGGUGCCAUUGCACUUGCACUCAAAGAUAGCAAGAGUUGGUGAACUCAAGUUUCUGCAAGAACUGAAAGAAUACCGUGUCCAAACAGAGAGUGGGUUUGAGAUUUCACAGCUGGAGAACCUGAAUGACAUCAGAGGAUCACUUAGAAUCUUCAAUCUUGAAAAGGUCACAGAAAAGGACGAGGCCUGCCGUGCAAGGAUUAAAGAUAAAAAGCAUUUGAGGACUCUCUGGCUGUCAUGGGAAAUAACGAGCGCCGAUCCUUCGUUUUCGAAGGAAGUACUGGAGGGUCUUGAACCACAUGACCGUCUUGAGCAUCUUCAUAUCAUAAAUUACAUAGGUGCCACUCCAUCCUGGUUGGGUCAGAGUUUCUCCCACAACAAUUUAGAAAGUCUAUAUCUUCAGGAUUGUAACGGUAUGGAGAUACUGCCGCCCUUCGAUGAAUUGCCUUUUUUGGAGAAGCUAUCCUUGGUUGGCAUGUCUUCACUGAAGGAGGUCAAUUUUGGAACUGCAGACAGAAGUACUCAAUCCUCUCAGGGUCUCAUGACACAUUUGGAUGACUCUUCCCUUGUUGAACUCGAACUGUCCAAGUGUUCGUCCUUAGCAUUGGUGAGGCUUCUUUCCUGCAGGGCAUUGGAAAAGUUGAGCAUCGUGGACUGUGUGCUGCUAGCUUCUGUCGAUGGCCUGCAGUCACUUGACCAACUGAAGUACUGCGACAUCAAAGAAUGCCCUUGUUUGGAAAAUCAGUUCCAGGGAAUAAUAAACAUCUAAGGUCUCUCAUAUCUGAUGUUUCCUGGAGGUGAGCAUUUGACGAACUGUAAGUAUUAGUUUCCUGCAAACUAUGUACCUCUCCCGGCACAGGAAACCCAACAUGUUGUAAAUCCCUGUAACUCUUUCUUUAGCCUUUCUCUGCUUAAUUUAUCAUUCCAGUUUAGUUGUUUCAGCAACGAGGGAUUUUAUAUCCUCCAUUUGUCCAUUUGUGCCAUGUAUUAAAUAAUUAAAAUCAUGUA